GCGCCUGGAGCCCUGACUCUAUGGCCCCGGGGGAGCGCGCCGCCGCCGCCGCCGCCGCCGCGCCGCCCACCACCAGUCGGAGCCCGAGCGCCAGCCGGAGGAGGAGGGGAGCCCCGGGCGCCGCCGGCCCCGGCCCAGGGGCCCGCCCGCGGCCCCCGCCCCCGCAGCGGGGAAUGGGAGGCAGGUAGCCGGCUGGCGCGAGGACACCCGCGGCGGGCAGGACCCGCCGAGGACCGCGAAGCCCACAGCCAGGGAGGAGAGCAGCUGCCCGCCCGCCCCCGGCCGCAGCCCCAGCAGGGCCCUCCCCUGGCGGCGCGCACCGGCGCGCGCACACCCCGCACACAGGACCGCCGCCCGGCCUCGCCGGCCCCCGCGCGCGCCGAACCCCCUGGGGCCGGAUGCCAUGGGUAACAACUUCUCCAGUAUCCCCUCUCUGCCCCGAGGAAACCCGAGCCGGGCGCCGCGGGGCCACUCCCAGAACCUCAAAGACUCCAUUGGGGGCCCUUUCCCUGUCACCUCCCACCGAUGCCACCACAAGCAGAAGCACUGCCUGCCGGUGCUGCCCGGCGGGGGCCUCCCGGCCACACCGCUGCUGUUCCACCCGCACACCAAGGGCUCGCAGAUCCUCAUGGACCUCAGCCACAAGGCCGUCAAGAGGCAGGCCAGCUUCUGCAACGCCAUCACCUUCAGCAACCGCCCCGUCCUCAUCUACGAGCAAGUCAGGCUGAAGAUCACCAAGAAGCAGUGCUGCUGGAGCGGGGCCCUGCGGCUGGGCUUCACGAGCAAGGACCCGUCCCGCAUCCACCCCGACUCGCUCCCCAAGUACGCCUGCCCUGACCUGGUGUCCCAGAGCGGCUUCUGGGCCAAGGCGCUGCCCGAGGAGUUUGCCAACGAGGGCAACAUCAUCGCCUUCUGGGUGGACAAGAAGGGCCGCGUCUUCCACCGCAUCAACGACUCAGCCGUCAUGCUCUUCUUCAGCGGAGUCUGCACGGCCGACCCGCUCUGGGCCCUGGUGGAUGUCUACGGCCUCACGCGGGGCGUCCAGCUGCUUGACAGCGAGCUGGUGCUGCCCGACUGCCUGCGGCCGCGCUCCUUCACCGCGCUGCGGAGGCCGUCGCUGCGGCGCGACGCGGACGAGGCGCGCCUCUCGGUGAGCCUGUGCGACCUCAACGUGCCAGGCGACGAGGGCGCGCCCGCCGCCGGCUGCCCCAUCCCGCAGAACUCGCUCAACUCGCAGCACAGCCGCGCGCUGCCCGCGCAGCUCGACGGCGACCUCCGCUUCCACGCGCUGCGCGCCGGCGCGCACGUCCGCAUCCUCGACGAGCAGACGGUGGCGCGCCUGGAGCACGGGCGCGACGAGCGCGCGCUCGUCUUCACCAGCAGGCCGGUGCGCGUGGCCGAGACCAUCUUCAUCAAGGUCACGCGCUCGGGCGGCGCGCGGCCCGGCGCGCUGUCCGUGGGCGUCACCACGUGUGACCCGGGCUCGCUGCGGCCCGCGGACCUGCCCUUCAGCCCCGAGGCCCUGGUGGACCGCAAAGAGUUCUGGGCCGUGUGUCGCGUGCCCGGGCCCCUGCACAGCGGCGACAUCCUGGGCCUGGUGGUGAAUGCCGAUGGCGAGCUGCACCUCAGCCACAACGGCGCGGCCGGAGGCAUGCAGCUGUGCGUGGACGCCUCGCAGCCGCUCUGGAUGCUCUUCGGCCUGCACGGCGCCGUCACGCAGAUCCGCAUCCUCGGCUCCACCAUCCUGGCAGAGCGGGGUGUCCCCUCACUCCCCUGCUCCCCUGCCUCCACACCAACCUCGCCCAGUGCCCUGGGCAGUCGCCUCUCCGACCCCUUGCUCAGCACGUGCAGCUCUGGACCGCUGGGGAGCUCUGCUGGCGGGACGGCCCCUAACUCACCAGUGAGCCUGCCUGAGUCGCCGGUGACCCCAGGCCUGGGCCAGUGGAGCGAUGAGUGCACCAUUUGCUAUGAACACGCGGUGGACACAGUCAUCUACACGUGUGGUCACAUGUGCCUCUGCUACGCCUGUGGCCUGCGCCUCAAGAAGGCCCUGCACGCCUGCUGCCCCAUCUGUCGCCGCCCCAUCAAGGACAUCAUCAAGACCUACCGCAGCUCCUAGCCCGCCCGGCGGCUCACCCAGCACGCCCAUCUCCCGACUUCAGCCCAGCUCUGGCUGAGGGGCAGGCCAGCAGGACCCUUUCUCUUCCUUAUUUUGGAAACUUUUUCCUUCUCCAUUAAAUAUGGGAAACUGAGGCCACUGAAGGUCUUGGGGAAAAAGGGGUGUCAGGCAGGGAGGUGGGGGGCAGAGGGGAAGGGAGGAGGCUGCACUUUCCCUCUCUCCCCCUUCUCUGUGCCCAGCUCUUCCCUGCAUGCUGAGGGGCUAAACUGGGGUCUCAGCCUGUUCUAAUCCUUCCCCAUCUGGGGCAGAUUUCUAGAAGGCAUCUUUGUGAGAAUUGGAAAACAUGUACCUUUGUCGGGGCAGACACAGCUCUGAGCCAGGUCAUGCAGCUUCUCUAGUGGAGAGUGGACUGGGAUUUAGCCCCCGAGCAGUGCACAACCUGCUCAACUGCAGCCCUACUCUGGGCAGAUGGCUCCUGAGCUGCUGCUGUCUCCCUCUGAUCUCUGCCCACCUUCUCUUUCCUUUCUUCCUUGCCCACUGGGCCUGGCAGCUGGGGGCGAGAAGGCCAGCAGAUCCUUCCAAUCAGCAGGCUGCAGCCUCCGUGCCAUGUCUCUCCCACCCAGCCCGAUGGGUGGAUGGACGGCUGCAGAGGGCCAUGAUGUCAGGGUCUCUAAGAACAGGUGUGCAGCUGCCCUCUCUGACCCGUCCUCCCACAGCUCAGCGCCAUCCUGGGCCUGGGCUCAUGCUCAGAGGCUGCAGCGCGCCUGGGAAGAGGCCAGGGACUUGGGUUGGAAGGGGAGGAGAGGAAACCAUUGUCCCAUUAUCCCCGGGCUGGGUGAGUAGCUUUCCUGGGCUGAGACCAGCCUUUUCCUUUUAUUUAUUUAUUUAUUUGGUGUGUGGGUGUGUGGGGUUUUGUUUGUGGGUAAGCUAUAUUCCCUGGGCCCCUAGAGCUGCUGUCUGGGUGUGUGGGGUGCCUGGUGAGAGGGGUCAGUGGAGAGGUGGUCAGCACUCAGUGUCCUCCCAGGACUCCAGGCACAGCUCACAGUCACCCUGCUAAUCACGGAUGGGAAUGCCAUAAAAAAGGGUCAAAUUGGGAGGCCUCAUGGCAUGUUGGAUCCAUUUCACAGAGAGGCAGACUGAGCCCCUUAGUGCCCUGGGGCUGGUGGAUCACCCAGAGCCACAAAGUGCCCUUCCUGCCUGGGCUGGGUCAUCAUAGUUAGUCAGGUAGAUCAGGUGGCCCACAGGGAUGUGAAGAGUUCCAGGCAGGCUGGGCGAGGGCUAGGAAUCGGGACUAGGGGACCAUGUCACGGUGGUCAGGGAGCCCAUUCCUGGGGGAGGCUCUGCAUGUGUGGGCAUGCUGGGAAGGGAAGGGCUGGCGCCCAGCACCUCUGGGUUCUGGGGAGGGAGCACCCCCAUGUACUCUUAGGUUACAGUCAUCUCAGCCCUGCCUGUCCUGGGCACCCCCAGUCCCCUGCCCCAUCAGAUGGCUUUUUGUUUUGCGCCUUUCAGAGACUUUCUCCCCAUGACAGGCAGGGCAUGGGGUUUUAGUCCUGGCCACUGACCAGUUGCAUGGCCCUCAUUGGGUCACAGCUGCUCUGAACCUCAGCCCCACUCUGUCAAACAGUUGUUUGGGGGACAGGAGCACUUUCUGUGCGACUCUUGGGAGUUCUUUGGUGAGGGGUUGUCAUGGGGUGGUAUGGACUUGGGGUUGGCCUCUGUGCUGGCCUCGAAGUGGACGUUAAGGGAAGUCACUAUUCCCUGCGGGUCUCUGCUCCCCAGACACUGACCCUGGGAGACCCCUUCUGUGGGAGCGGGGUGGGCUGGCUAGUGGCUCUGCCCAGUCAGGGUCCCAUCCCAGAGUAAAGAGGUCUCAAGCGCAGGGCCCUGAGGGUGGGGAGAGGAAGCCAUCAUCCCAUCGCCUGUCAGCGCAGGACUCGCUGCUCCUUUGUGAACUUGGGUGGCUGAUUGUGAAUAAAGGUGAUUUCGUACCAGCCUGA